UAACGAGAGUCGUGUUGAAAAAAAUCGUCUAUAGAGUCGUUUAGGAGUUUUUAUUUUUUUUGUUAAAUUGAAUUUUGAAAAUGUCAAAAAUUAUAUUAAUUAGUUUCGUUGCAUUACUUAUUGCAAUUAUUAAAAAUAGUGAAGGGAUGCCAAAUUAUGAAGAAAAUUUUUCAAACGAGUAUAAAAAUUCAACUGAGGAUCCAAAAAAAAUACAUUCAUCAAAAAUACUCGAAGGGAUAAUUAAAUUAACGGCAUAUUUACAAAACUCUAUUGAUUUGAUAAUGGGCGCAUUGGAAUGUAUAAAAAAUUCAAAGGAAUUGACAGCAAAUACAAAUGAAUCUGUAAUUAAUUCUGAUAAAAUGAAAAAUUUAACUGAAAUUAAAAUUUUUAAUGGUAAUGAUCUUAUUGAAGCAACGACGAAUGGAAAUAAAUCUUCAACUAAUUUUGAUGAAUUUGAACAUGAUGACAAAAUAAAAAAUUGUAGUGCAAGAGGAGGAUCAUGCUCGAGUAUCGCAUCUCCUGGAACAUCUGAAGUAUGUUGCCCUAAACAUACUUGCGUACCAAUAUCAUUCGGAUCUGGAGUCUGUGUCUAAUUACUCCACCAUAAUUAAAAUAAUAAAUUCUUCUACUGACUAAACAUAUUUUUCAAAAUAACUUGAAAUAUUAUUUUGUCAAAAUUCCGAGAAACAGUAAAUUUUUUUGUCAAAAUUAAAGUAAAUGUUUAUUUGGCUGAACAACUAGAUUUUUAAUGAAAAAUAAAA